ACAAUAACCGACUGAAGUUUCUGCAGGCAGUAUUGUGCCCAUAGCUCUACACAGCAGAGAGACAGAAUCUGACCUUAGGUCAAGUCUUGGGGAGAGAACAAGAAUCUGGAUCAGAGCCCAGGUCAUCAGAAACAGUUCCAAAUUCCUAACUUGUACUGGUACCUCCAGAACUACAUGGUCUCUGUGGUUGUCCUGCCCUUCGCUCCCACUGCAAAGACUACAACUAAAUGAAAGCAUUCAUCUAUCUACCCUCGUUGAUAGUUCCAACAGGACCAGGAGCUACAACAGACUCGAAAAUGGGUGGAGACAUUCCCAAGUGCCUGUCCUCAUUGGCUAUGGGGAGGCAAAGUUCGUGUCCAGCUCUAUGACCCUGACUACAUGAAGGUGAUUCUGGGGACAUCAGACUCCAAAAUUCCAGAAAACUGUAGAUUCCUGGCUCCCUGGGUUGGGUAUGGUUUGCCCCUGCUGAAUGGGCAGAAGUGGCACCAGCACUGGCGGAUGCUGACCCCAACAUUCCAUUAUGACAUCUUGAAGUCCUACAUGGGGCUCAUGGCGGACUCCAUACACAUGAUACUGGACAAAUGGGAAGAGCUCAUUGGCCAGGACUCCCCUCUGGAGAUCUUUCAGCACGUCUCCUUGAUGACCCUGGACACCAUCAUGAAGUGUGCCCUCAACAUCCAGCUGGACCGGGAUAUCCAAUCCUACAUCCAGGCCAUUGGGGACCUUAAAAAGCUUUCCCGCACGAGCAAUGUCUUUCAUCAGAAUGACACUAUCUACAGCCUGACCCCUACCAGCUGCUGGAACCACCGUGCCUGCCAGCUUGUCCAUUCCUCUUCUUAUCGAGGGAUCCAACUGAGGAAGGCUCACCUGAAAGAGGAGGGGGAGCUGGAGAAGGUCAGGAGGAAGAGGAACUUGGAUUUCCUGGACAUCCUUCUCUUGGCCAAAAUAGAGAGUGAGAGCAGCUUGUCAGACAAGGACCUCCGUUCUGAGGCAGACACAUUUAUGUUUGGAGGCCAUGACACCACAGCCAGUGGCAUCUCCUGGAUCCUCUAUGCUCUGGCCACACACCCCAAGCUUCAGCAGAGGUGCCAGGAGGAGAUCCAGAGCUUCCUGGGGGAUGGAGCCUCCAUCACCUGGGACCACCUGGACAAGAUGCCCUACACCACCAUGGGCAUCAAGGAGGUGCUCAGACUCUACCCACUGGUGCCAGGCAUUGGCAGAGAGCUCAGCACCCCCAUCACCUUCCCUGAUGGGCACUCCUUGCCCAAAGGAUUGAAAGUCACUCUUUCCAUUUAUGGCCUUCACCACAACCCAAAGAUGUGGUCAAAUCCAGAGGAGUUUGACCCUUCCCGCUUUGUAUCGGGUUCUGCUUGACACAGCCAUGUUUUCCUGCCCUUCUCAGGAGGAUCGAGGUGAGGCGCCAUAAUGCUGGUAUGGAGGUGGAGGUGGAGGUUGAGAAACAGGGGGAGGCUCUGGGCACACAGCUGAUGCUUAUGGCUCCCUAAUUCAUAUGUGCCAUCUUCACCUACACCCUUGGAUGCUGGUGUUUGUGGGAAAGAAGUCUGAUGCUGAUGUCUCUGUGUACAAAAGAAAGACGGCAUUUCAGGGCACAGGACGGCGACCUCGCUCCCUCUGCUUUUUCCAAUGUCCAGCUAAAAUUCACUGAGUGUGUGUGUUCUGAACUUUCAUGUAUUCUGGUGUUUCCCUCAUUUGAGGAGUAUGAAUUUUCAAUAUUAUACUUGUUCAGUCAAUUAAAUUGUAUAUAUUAGCAUUUCUCAAUUUUCAGAGAUAUUAAAGUCAAUUUCUCUCUCCCCUACAUAUUGCCAUUGCAGCACACUACCAUUUCUA